AGUAAAGAUAUUUUCGUUCUGCGCGUAUUAUACAACUUCGCCGCCUCCGUGAAACGCUAUCUUCUUUGGGUGUGCCUUUCAGCAGCGUAUACACGACGGAGUAACACUCGGACAGGACAGCUGCCAGCUCUUGCUCUCUCUCUCCUUCUCUGCUGUUCCACACACGCACCAAAAUACGCUCGUUUCUUUCUCUCUUCCUCCACUCCCUUUGCACUUGUCUUCAUUAAUAACAAACACAAAACGUUCUUUUUCAUUAAAUCUGUCGAACGCAUCGGAAUAAAUACUGCCUUGUCUUUUUAGUGCUGAAACGUAGAACGGCGUCUUUCUGAUUGUCGUCUUCAUGCAGUUUUUUCGUCUCUCCAUUGACUCUUCGCCGUCCUUUUUUUUUCUUGGGACCCGACGUGCCGCUCUGCCUUGAGUUCCUACUCCACCUUAACUCCCCUCCACCUUGAUUCUCAUCGGCACCAUGUCCGCCGGUUCUGCCGUCUCCUCGCCGCCCGAGCCCCACCUUUCUCUCUCGCAGUCGGUGAGGAACAAGAUGCUCUCGGAGGCAGCUCUCCUGGCGGCCGCACAGGACCUCGUAGAAGCCGUUUGCGAACACCCGCGUGCAGCUGCAGCGCGCACACGAGGGCAUGCAGCUGCUCCUGUCGCGGUGCCAAGACGUCGGCGCGGCCGUGGAGCGCUGCGCCGAGGCGCUGGCCCGCCUCUCCACCUCGCCCAGCGCCGCCGCCUCGGACAUCUCCUCGGACAGCAGCAGCGCGAGCGCAGCGCCGGCCGCCACCGCGUCGUACCGGCAGCUGUCCUGGUCGCUGUCGCAGUUCCACACGCACGUGGCGCGGCUGCUGUCCGCGGCGAGUCUGCAGGCGUACGACGCGGCGGUGGCGGACAAAAUCGCGAGCCGGCUGAGCCUGAUGGAGCGCGGCGCGGCGACCUUCUAUCGCAGCGUGGCGAGCGCGCAGCAGCCGGCGGGCGCGACGGCGGAGAGCACGGCGGCUGUGCAGGGGAGCGCGCGGCAGCUGGAGCAGCUCGCGUGCACGCGCUUCGCACCCGCCUACGAGGGCUUCCUGCUGUACGCCGUGGCCACGCUGGGCGACUUCUGCGCUCUGUGGGACACCGCGGCGCAGAAGAGCGCGGAGGAAGUGGUGUGGUCGUCGGGGCAGGCGGGGCAGUCGCCGAUGGUGGCGCCGCUGCACGCAGAACACUUCUGCGCUGUCGCACCGUCGAGGACGUCGAGCUACAAGAAACCGAAGCAGCGGUCACCGCUCAUGGACCUUCUGAAGUCGACCGACGCACACGUGGCGCCAAAGAAGCGGCACACCUCCUUGAAGACCCUGAGCGACGACUUCGCGGCGGCCGCCGGUGCCGUGGAGGAGCUUCGCGAUGCCCUCUUUGCCUACGUCUAUCUCCUGCACGACACCAUCCACCAGUUCAACGUGGCCGCCACCGUACUCACAGGGGCGCUGUCAGCCGUCUCUUCUGGCACCAUGGCGGCCAUGCUGGCCGACUGCACUCAGAACAUUGCCCAGCUCGACUCGACGCUAAUUAACUCCCGUCCUCGCAUGACGACGCGCCGUUCCUGCUACGAGAUGAUCAUGGCAGACGGCGUGCUCCGCCAGCUUCGUCAGCUGCAGGACGACUCGAAGAAGGGUGUUGGUCUCGUUGCCCUCUUUGACGCGGCCAACUAUGCGCUUACUGGCAAGCCAUCAUCCGCGUCCGGGCAUACGCCUCACCGGCUGACAGAGCCGCCCAGCAAGGAGACUGUCUCGGGUCACGCCAGUCGACGCAGCUCCAACACCCAUCUUCCCUCCUGUCCGCUGGAGGUGCUGUUCGAUGUGUGGUACACAAUGUCGGAGCUGUGCACCCAAAUAGGCACCGACUUCAGCGACGACUUUACGAAGCAGGUGAGCCUCUAA